GAAAAAAAUCAUCAAGCUGAUAGUUCAAAAAUUUUCGGAUCAAAAUUUAUUAGAAAAUAUUUUGUAUCUCGGUUAAAAUUACAAUAUUUCGUUUGCGUAAAUAUGUCGAGCUACAGAAGAGUAUUCCGGGCAGAGCGCCUUAUGAAUCUCCUCAAGGCCAACCGCGGAAUGACCAGUACAACAGGCAGACAACCAAUCUUUGAUGUGGAGACCAGGAAGGACUUUGAGCAAAGGGUGAUCAACAGCGAUCGACCUGUGGUUGUAGAUUUCCAUGCCAGUUGGUGCUGCCCUUGCAAGGCUCUUGCCCCACGGUUGGAGAACAUUGUGUCCGAGCAGGGCGGUCGGGUGAGGCUAGCCCGCGUCGAUAUUGAUGAGCAUGGGGAGCUGGCCUUGGACUACAACGUGGGUUCCGUUCCAUCCCUGAUGGUCAUCAGCAACGGAAAGGUGGUAAAUCGCAUGGUUGGGCUCCAGACCAGCGAAUACAUUCGCAAGUGGCUCCAAAAAGCGGUGCCCCAUUCGGAGAAGUAGUUCAGGAUGUCAAUCGAGUGUGGGAACACGUACUUUGUAGACUAGAUUAAAGUUUGAUUAAACCUUGUUCGCGAUAA